AUGGCCGACCCCUCCCCCCAGCCCUCGGGGGGUCCCCGCGAGCCCCGAACGGGCCCGGAUCGGUCCCGAGGCGCCCCCCGGGGCCGCCCCCCCGCGCGCACGCGCCUGCGGAACCGGCGCUUCGCGGCCCUCAGGGAGCUGCUCCGAGAGGGCGAUUACUUCAGCGAGGAGCAGAUGCGGCUGCGGGCGCCGCGGCUCUUCCAGCACUACAUCGGCCGCUUCCGAGAGCCCCAAAACCCCCGGAACCGGCCCCAAAUCCUCGGGAAUGAGCCCCGAAUCCUCGGGAAUGAGCCCAGAAUCCUCGGGAAUGAGCCCAGAAUCCUCGGGAAUGAGCCCAGAAUCCUCGGGAAUGAGCCCCGAAUCCCGUCUGGAGAGGCCCAGAAACUGCGGGAGCUGCUGCUGAGCUCGCUGGGAGAGAGCCCGGGUGGGGAUCGGGGAGGAGGGGGAGGAGGAGGAGGAGGAGGAGGGUGA